AUAUUAUGUAUAGAAAAACCCUUGAGAGAGACAGAGAGAGAUGGACAUGGAUGCCAGGAGACUGGAAGAGCUAAAGUACUUCGUUGAUCACUGCAAAGCUAACCCUUCGAUUCUACACACUCCUUCACUUUCCUUUUUCAGGAGCUAUCUGGAAAGCUUGGGAGCUCGAAUUCCUCCGAAGGUCAAAACAGAGGAAGAUGAUGAAGAGUUUCAUGAUUACAAGAAGCCCAAUUUUCCAAGUGACAAUAGCAUGGAUGAAGAUAUAGUUGAGUCUGAUGUUGAAUUGGAUAGUGCUGAUGUUGUGGAGCCUGACAAUGAUCCUCCACAAAAGAUGGGUGAUCCUUCAAGAGAAGUAACUGAGGAAAGCCAAGAUGCUGCUCAAAUGUCAAAGUCUAAAGCUGUGAAUGCAAUCUCUGAGGGGAAUCUGAAUGAAGCCAUAGAUCAUUUAACAGAAGCUAUCAUGUUAAAUCCAAUUUCAGCAAUACUAUAUGCAACCAGAGGUAGUGUGUUUAUUAAACUUAAAAUGCCAAAUGCUGCAAUCCGUGAUGCUAAUGCAGCUUUACAGAUCAACCCCGACUCAGCAAAAGGAUAUAAAGUACGAGGAAUAGCAAGGGCAAUGCUAGGCUUAUGGGAAGAGGCUGCUAGUGAUCUGCAUGUGGCAUCAAGAAUAGAUUUUGAUGAAGAGAUUAAUGAGGUGCUCAAGAAGGUUGAACCUAAUGCUCGUAGAAUUGAAGAGCACCGCCGGAAAUAUGAACGCUUGCGGAAAGAGAGAGCAAAGAAAAUGGAACGUGAGAGACGAUGGAGAAGAGCAGAGGCAACUUUUAAAAAGGAGGAGAAAAUGGAACAAACUUCUGGUCCUGAAGCUGCUUCUGUUCUCAAGGAUGGACAAGUUAUUGGAGUCCAUGCUCUGGAUGAAUUGGAUACCAAGUUAACUGCUGCUUCAAGGGCAUCCCGGCUGGCAAUCCUUUAUUUCACCGCAACAUGGUGUGGGCCCUGCCGUUAUAUGUCCCCGCUUUUUACAAGCUUGGCUGGGAAGUAUCCAAAAGUCGUGUUCUUGAAGGUUGACAUUGAUGAGGCAAGAGACGUGGCUGCUCGAUGGAACAUUAGCAGUGUUCCGACUUUCUUCUUCAUAAAAAAUGGAAGCGAGGUUGACAAGGUGAUAGGUGCCGACAAGAAUUCCCUCGAGACGAAGAUUGCUCAACAUGCUAGUUAACAGAAUCUGUGAAAGGAAAUCCAAGGUUUUACUGACUCUCUGAAUAAGCUUAAUCUAGGGCUUUGUUAGGGCAAAAAAGAAACUGAACAAGAAUGCUUUUUACCUUUUACAGUUGAACUAAUUGCACAAAUGUAAUAUGGUCUGCAUAUGAGCGUUUGUGAAUGUUAUCUUACAUAUGAUUCAAUAAAUGGUCUAAAUGUUAGCUGAAGCUUCCUUUAGCUUU